AUGAAGAUGCUUGUUUCUGGAGCUGGAGACAUCAAACUCACUAAAGAUGGAAAUGUGCUGCUUCAUGAAAUGCAAAUUCAACACCCAACAGCCUCCUUAAUAGCCAAAGUAGCAACAGCCCAGGAUGACAUAAGUGGUGACAGUACCAAUUCCAAUGUCCUCAUCAUGGGAGAGCUGCUGAAGCAGGUGGAUCUCUACAUUUCUGAAGGUCUUCAUUCCAGAAUAAUUACAGAAGGAUUUGAAGCUGCAAAGGAAAAGGCACUUCAGUUUUUGGAACAAGUCAAAGCAAGCAAAGAGAUGGACAUGGAAACACUUAUAGAAGUGGCCAGAACAUCUCUACGUACUAAAGUUCAUGCUGAACUUGCUGAUGUCUUAACAGAGGCCGUAGUGGACUCCAUUUUGGCCAUUAAAAAACAAGAUGAACAUAUUGACCUCUUCAUGGUUGAGAUCAUGGAGAUGAAACAUAAAUCUGAAACAGAUACAAGCUUAACCAGAGGUCUUGUUUUUGACCAUGGGGCACGGCAUCCUGAUAUGAAGAAGAGAGAAGAUGCAUACAUCCUCACAAGCAACGUGUCAUUAGAAUAUGUAAAAACAAGUGAAUUCUGGCUUUUUUUUUAA